AUGUACCUCACCGCAAGUCGACUAGACAUAGUCUUCGCCACAAGCAUAUGUGCAAGAUACCAAGCUAAUCCGAAAGUGUCUCACCUUACUGCAGUUAAACAAAUUCUUAGAUACUUAAAAGGCAGCAAAGCCCUCGGUUUAUGGUACCCCGCAGGAAACGACUUUAGUCUUCAAGCAUUUACUGAUGUUGAUCAUGCUGGAUGUAGAUUAGAUCGAAAGAACACUUCAGGUGGAUGUCAAUUUCUGUGUGGAAGGCUCGUCAGCUGGUCAUCAAGGAAACAAAGUUGUGUCUCCUUAUCUACCGCUGAAGCUGAAUAUGUGGAUGCAGCCAGUUGCUGUUCACAAGUCCUAUGGAUGAAAACAAACUUAUGGACUACGGAUACAGGAUGCUGCGGAUACCAAUUUACUGUGAUUCAGAGAGUACAAUAG